AAUCUAUACUUGAGAAGGAAGUGUCCACUUUGUUUCUUAUCGACUGAUCUGUCUACCACUCACAUGCAAGUCCAUCCAGUACCACAGAGGUAUAACAGUCUCCUUGGCUCUAUUUAGGUGGAAGCCUCGCAGAUUCCACAAGCGCACUCCACACUCUCGGCUUCUCAUCACCUUCCUCUUCUCGUUGCAAUGGCAGCACGGCUUCCCUGCACUUUGCUUCUGGUGCUCCUCCUCACAGUCUCUUUCACCGAGAGUGUCAGAAGUGGUUCUCUAAAGCCUUCAGAAUGCAAUAACAAGUGCGAGUUCCGGUGCUCGGCGACGUCGCACAAGAAGCCAUGCUUGUUCUUCUGCAAGAAGUGCUGCGCCACGUGCCUGUGCGUGCCGUCUGGCACCUACGGCAACAAGGAGGCGUGCCCGUGCUACAACAACUGGAAGACGAAGGAAGGUGGCCCCAAGUGUCCCUAGUUUUGAAUAGUUGGGACGCAAGAUUAAGGAAGCCAAACCAACCACUUCCUUUUUUCUCACUAUGAUUUGCCAGUCAUUCCAUCUGUGUUUUUAAUUUGCUAAAGAGGAGAGAUUCAGAAUAUAAGUGAAUCCCCUCUACUAUCAUUGCCAAUAUUUGGCAAAGUUGAUAUGAGCUAAAUAAACUUCAACUCCACCACUGGUUUGAGAAGAAUUCAGCAAUUUCAAAAACA